AACAGCAAUAUCAUGGUUUUGUUUCACAUAUACCACAUAUAUAUUUGCCAUUACAUAAUGAUUCUUGUGUAUACAAUGUCGUGCAAUUAUUAACUUCGUGAGCGACUUGGUAUUAGUAGAGUAAUGGCCGCAUCGCUUCCAGCUAUAAAUGAAAUGAGGCAACGAUAAAAUAAGACCUUGGGCCAUGGUUGUCACUCACUACACUGCAAGGAUGAUGUUUCGUGGUUCGUUGUAACUUAGUUGUUGUGUAUGAGGUAAAUAUGAAACGCAGUCAGGAUAAGAAGAUACAUUUCGCCGAUGGUCCUUCAAUAGUGGGGGUAGCCAGCCCUGCGGUUCCAGGUUCGAUCCACCAAAACAUCCAAUACCCGCUGAAGAAGAAGUUGAGACACGCGAUAUCCGCUCCUCCCAUGCCAGAACAUGACGGAAGAAGGAUAACGAAGCAGAGAACGGACAAACCACCGACAUCGAACGACACUCGACCACCGCGUACGCCUCCCGAUAUCCGAUACAAUCAACCUAACAUACGAACCACACCUAACCAUGAACAACCUACGUUAGUAGGGGUACCGAAGGCAGCUGUACCAAGUAGAUACGCCGCACCUGUUCAUAUAGACGUGGGCGGCCACAUAUAUACGUCGUCCUUGGAAACUUUAACAAAGUUCCCGGAUUCCAAACUCGGGAGGUUGUUUAGUGGAGCGGAGCCGAUCGUCCUCGACACAUUGAAACAACAUUACUUCAUCGAUCGAGACGGAAACAUGUUUCGUCACAUCCUCAACUUCCUACGAACCUCCAACCUUGCGUUACCCGAUGAUUUCCAUGAACUGGAUCAACUCUUGCAGGAAGCAAGAUUCUUUGAGUUGAAACUCAUGGUGGGACAACUUGAGCAGUUCAAGGAGAGCAGACGGGUUUCGAAGACGCAUAAAGAUUGCGUUGUCAUUCGUACCGUACCCGACCUUGGUGAGAGAAUUUGUCUCGGUGGGAACAAAUCAAUCAUCGCCUCCAUUUUCCCGGAAGUAUAUGACGUCAUCACAUCAGCUGAUAAAUGCACUUGGAACCAAGAUCCUACCCACGUGAUUCGGUUCCCCAUCAACGCGUUUUGUCAAAUCAACUCAAUCAAGGUGCUGGAAACCUUCCUUAGUUCUGGCUUCUCCAUCCUCGCGGCGUCAGGUGGCGGUAGUGAGUCGUCAUCGCAUUUCACUGAGUGGGUUGUAGCUCGCCCACGUCAUAAUCAUGAUGACGUCAUCAAUACCACGUCUUCAACCUCAACCAAUAAGAACUCAAAACUUAAUUCGAAGACAUGAAGAUAUUGCUUAUUAGUGUUGUGACGUAAUUAUGAUGACGUUUCAGUGUGAUGACGUUUAUAUAAUUUGUGAAUUCGAUUAAAUUUGUUGCUUGGGUCUAAGA